CCCCUUUUAGGGAGAUUUGUUGGUGUGGACAAAUUACAAAAACAUUCAAAGUUUCGUCUUCCUUCACUUGUCUUUUAUUCAAACAAAACAAACAAACCCUUAUUUCUCUCUCUAAAACAUUGUUCUUUUUCCCUUGAAAAGAUGGAGUUAGCUUUGAGUUUAGGAAACAGGGGAGGAGGAGUAGUAGUAGAAAACAAUAGUGUUGGUUUUUGCAUGGGAUUAACAUCAUCAUCAUCAAAUAAAUCAACGGCUGAAAAAGAAGAUGAGAAUAUGAAAGAUGAUGAUCAUCAUCAUCAAGAAAGACGUGAUAACGUGGGCUCUUCUUCAUCGUCAGAUCCAUCACCGCUUCAACUUGAUCUUUUACCUUUUUCACCUCUUCCUCGUUCUACUCAACCACCUCCACCUCUCCGUUUUCCUUGGCUUACUGAUAAUUUGAGUUCUGAACCGGGUUCAUCAGACGGACCGGGGACCAAAAUAAAUGAAGUGAACCGGCGGGCAGCGGUUGGACCGGCGACGGAGGAGGUGGAUGAACAUUCGUCCCCAAACAGUGGAACGUCGUCGUUUAUGGAGUUCUCACUAUAUACUAGUAAUAAUAAUAAUAAUAGUGGAGGAGAGAGAAAAUCAGGGAGGAGAGAAAAUGGUAAUAAUUAUGGGCAAGAAAUAAUAGGAAUAGUAGGGGGUGGUGGUGAUGAAGGAGAAAGAGGUGCAACGACUUCAAGAGGAAGUGAUGAUGAGGAGAAUGGAUCCACUAGGAAAAAGCUUAGGCUUUCUAAAGAACAAUCAGCUUUUCUUGAGGAGAGCUUUAAAGAGCACCAUACUUUGAAUCCUAAGCAAAAGCUUGCAUUGGCAAAGCAACUCAAUCUUCGUCCUCGUCAAGUGGAAGUUUGGUUUCAGAAUAGACGAGCCAGGACCAAGUUGAAGCAGACAGAGGUAGAUUGCGAGUAUUUAAAGAGGUGCUGUGAGACGUUGACAGAAGAGAACAGGAGGUUACAAAAGGAGCUUCAGGAAUUAAGAGCCUUGAAAACCUCCCAGCCUUAUUUCAUGCAGCUACCUGCUACUACUCUUACUAUGUGCCCUUCAUGUGAGCGUGUGGCCCCCACUUCUACUUCUACAGUCGUGGCCGCUUCGUCAGCACCGGCAACCCCCUCCACAUCGUCCGCAGUGACUGUUGCCGCUAACGGCACUGCCGUGGCUUCCGGGAGCACCAAUGAUAUCACAUUGUCUCUUGGCAAGCCUAAGGUGUCCAUGUUGCCCUUUUCAAAUGUUCAAGCCCAUCAGGCAGCUUCAUGAAAUAUAGAGUGGAUGUUUUGGUCUUUUUUUAAUGUACAAAAUGAAAGAUGGGAUGAGGGCAUUUUAAUUUAUUUUUUUCUAUAUCUUUGUGGUUUUUAUCUUUUCUUGGUUGGAUUCUUUAAAUUUGAUAAUUAUUGUUUUGGUUGGAUUGCUAGCUUGUGGCAUUGUAGAGAGUUUUAGAUGCUUCAAAGUUGAAAAAAAAAGGAUAGAAGAGACAACUGAUAUGACAAGCUAAAUGGUGUUCAUACAUUAGCAGAAA